CUACCACCUCGAUCACUUCCAUAACCUGGACCGGCUUUCCCUUUGAUCCGUUCUCAAUCUGCUCCGACUCACACUCGCUAUUACACAAUCACCGUCAUUUACAACCGACUCGUCAACAUUCGACAACCCCCACACACAACAUGAUGUCAUUCGCUACCACCUUCAUCACCCUCCUCUCCCUCGCCUCCACCGCCUUGGCGCUCCCCGUCCCCGUAGCUCACCAGAAUGAGAAACGUUACUCUGGGGUCCGUAUGACCUACUACGAUACCUCGGUCGGACUCGGAGCCUGUGGGAACCUGAAUCAGAACAGCGCUUGGACCGUCGCGCUCAAUAGCGCUCAGUUUGGAGGAGGUUACCCUUCGCCGGAAUGUGGAAAGACGAUUACCAUUUCGUACGGAGGCAAAACGGCCCAGGCGGUCAUCCAGGAUGCUUGUCCGAGCUGCCCUUAUGGAGGGCUCGAUUUGAGUCCUAGUCUGUUUCAGCACUUUGCUGACCUCGGCACCGGUGUCAUUUCCGGCGAUUGGGACUACGGUAGUGGUGCUCCUGCACCUCCUCCUCCCCCUCCUCCUGCGCCUACGACCACUUGGCAAGCGCCUACUUCCACUUGGGUCGCUCCUACUACCUCGUGGACCCCUGAGCCUUCAACCAGCAGCACGCCUCCUCCCCCUCCUCCCCCUACAACGACCUGGACUCCUCCUACCACUUCAGCGGCUCCCCCGACUACUUCCUCGACCCCGGCCCCUAGCUCGUCGGUUGCCCCUAGCAGCUCUUCAGUGGUCCCGUCUUCGAGCUCGAGCUCGUCUUCCUCGUCCGUCGCCUCGAGCUCCAGCUCGGCUUCGUCGUCUGCAAGCACCGGCGCCACCAGCGUCGCCGCUACCAACAGCCAGUCUCUUCUCGCCGCUCUCAUGUCUACCCAGACUGGAACCGCUACUGCUUCGGCUGAUGCGGCGUCAUCUACCGGUACUGGGUCUGGCUCGGAGCAGGAUGCCGGGUCGGAUGGAAACUUGGAGAUGCUCAGCAACGUCAUUGUCAACCUCGGCAGGCUGGUCGUGAUGGCCGCUUAGACCCUGAGAUUUUGAUCACCCUGAGACUCUCGACAAGUCAAUCUUUCUCGCCUUCUUUCAUUCGGAUCACAGCGGACGACCCGGACUUCGUCACCUAUACCUCAUAACUUUCCACCACCACUACAACUGGACGUCAUAAUCUGUAUCGACCACUUCUUCUCUUCUUC